CCUUUCCCGCUCGCGAGCCCGGGGGCGUGGAGGGACGCGGCCUCUACAAGCCGAGUCUUGGGCUUUCAGGAGCGCUUAAUGAUGUGACACGAGGAAAUUCAGUCCCGAAAGAGAGAUACUUUUCAACCAAGAAAAAUUUGGGAAUAAUUAAGUUACAACAACAAGCUGAAUUCCUUGUUUUGGUUUACACGCAGGGUUGGAAAUGAAGUGUGUGGAUACUAGAAGGACAAGUGCUUUGAAACAAGAUGCUUCUGAAAGGAAAGCGGAACUAGAAGCAGCUGUGAGAAAGAAGACUGAGUUUGAAAGAAAAGCUCUACAUAUUGUUGAACAGCUUUUAGAAGAGAAUAUUACAGAAGAAUUCCUAAGAGAGUGUGGGAAGUUUAUCACACCCGCUCACUACAGUGAUGUCGUCGAUGAGCGUUCCAUCAUCAAACUCUGUGGUUAUCCCUUAUGUCAGAAGAAGCUAGGAAUUGUACCAAAACAGAAAUACAAAAUUUCUACCAAAACCAACAAAGUCUAUGAUAUUACUGAAAGAAAGUGUUUUUGCAGCAAUUUUUGUUAUAAAGCAUCUAAAUUUUUUGAAGCACAAAUUCCUGAAACUCCAGUAUGGGUUCGAGAAGAAGAAAGACAUCCUGAUUUUCAGUUGCUACAGGAAGGACAAAGUGGCCAUUCUGGAGAAGAAGUACAGUUACGCACUAAGGCCAUUGAUACAUCAGAUAUUGACAAUCCUGGCCAUUUUGUGAAGCAUUAUGAUUCUAGUUCUUCUAGCACUCAUAGUGAUAGUAACAGUGAUAAUGAGCAAGAUUUUGUUUCUUCCAUUCUACCAGGAAACAGACUAAAUACAAUGGGUAUAAGACCACAGCUGCACAAAAAAGGGAUAAUGAAAAAGAAAGCUGGUCAAAAAGCUAACUCCAAAUGUGAAGACAAAGAACAGACAGUAGUAGGUGUCACUGAGCAGUUAGAUAAUUGCAGAUUAGACAGUCCAGAGAAAGCGACUGCUUAUGAACUUCCCUUGCAGAAAGUAAAUACUCAGAUUUCUUCACAUAGUCUUUUGCAAGAAAAACUAGAAGCUUCAGAAAUUUCUGAAAAUAAAUGCAAUAGUUCAAAAAUAACACUAGUAGGUAUAAGUAAGAAAAGUGCUGAGCAUUUUAAAAGGAAAUUUGCCAGAUCAAAUCAAGUUUCUAGGUCAACUUCGAGUUCAGUGCAGGUGUGUCCUGAAGUUGCAAAGAAAAACUUACUUAAAGCCAUGCAGGAGACUUUGAUUGAGUGGAAGACAGAAGAAACUUUGAGGUUUUUGCAUGGCCAAAAUUAUGCUUCUGUGUGUCUGGCACCCUCUUCUGCCCCUCUGGUUAAUGAUGAAGAUGAUGUAAACUCUGACUUCGAGAGUCAUUCCCCUGCCUUGAAGGAAUCUCAGAACAGCUUGGAUGAGUCUUUGCCUUUUAAAGCCUCCGAUACAGCCAUUAAACCAUUGCCAAGUUAUGAAAACUUGAAAAAAGAAACUGAAACAUUAAAUCUGAGGAUCAGGGAGUUUUAUAGAGGACGAUAUGUACUGAAUGAAGAAAACACCAAAUCACAAGAAUCAGAAGAGCAUGAUCCCACCUUUCCACUGAUAGACUCAAGUUCUCAGAACCAGAUCAGAAAACGCAUCGUACUUGAAAAAUUGAGUAAAGUAUUGCCUGGACUUCUAGGGCCUCUUCAGAUAACACCAGGAGAUAUUUACACACAACUUAAAGAACUCGUUCGAACAUUCAGAUUAACAAAUAGAAAUAUCAUACACAAACCAGCAGAGUGGACCUUAAUUGCGAUGGUGUUGCUGUCACUACUGAUCCCAAUUCUUGGUAUUCAGAAGCAUUCUCAAGAAAAUUUAGUGUUUACACAGUUUAUAUCCACCCUGCUUGAAGAAUUACACUUAAAGAAUGAUGACCUUGAAAGUUUAACCAUCAUAUUUAAAACCAGAGUGGUAUGAUCCAUGAAGACAGAAGAUGAACUUCUGUUCACCAUUUCUGAAACCCUAGCCAAGAUGAUGGUUCAGUGGUAUCAGAUAACUUUGUCUCAAGGCUUUUUACCUCCUGUUUAGGCCUCUGCCUCACAGUUCCUAACUGUACAGAGUAAUAUCCCAGAUGGAGAAAACCUGUUAUUCCAGUAAGGAUAACCAAGUCCUUGUAUCCCUGGCUAUAAGACCUAGUAUCUUUAGUUAUCUGAAAACAAAAGUUUGUCAUAAAUUGAAACUAUCACCACCUUUGAUUCCAGCCAUCAUCAAUUAAAAGAAAAUCCCCACCUCAAUUAAAACUCUAGAUUAAGGAAUAGUAAAGAGUUAGAUCAAUAAAUGCAGUCUAAGAUAAUGUGCUUUGGAGGUCCUUAAAGAAGCUGACUCUACUUUAAAUGGUCCUGAGCAAUGUGGUUAACCUCAUGGAUCCACCAGAAUUUUCUGAACUCAAGAUGUAUUUUUAAGUAAAAUCUGUAGUGUGUUUAAGAGAAAUUCUCUAAAAUUUAUAUUCCUUUUUCAAAAUGUGCAUCAAGUAUGCAAGUUACCUGAUCCUUCAGAGCAGUUGAACUCAGGUCUUCAGAUCAUUUAAGGAGCUUAACUUGCAGAGCCCAGAAACAAAAAAUUAGAUCUAUAUGCUUAAGACUGGAGAAAAUGAUAGAUGCGUAAACCUAAAUGCACAGAGGCCCGAAAGAAGCCUGGUGGAAGGGGUCAGAAAUCUGCAUGGUUCCGGCUAUAAUGUCAACAUGAAUAAAGCAAUUAUGCUGUAUACUAGCAAUGAAAAGCCCAAAAAUGAAAAAUUGGUGCUCUUGAGGGUGGAAUUCUUUAACGAAAGUAAAAAGCCUACAAACAAUGAAAACUCUAAAACAUUCAGAAAAUUAAAAGGUGUAAGCACACAUUUCAAGCCAGUCCUCCCCAAAUUGAUCUAUGGAUUCAGUGCAGUCCCUAUCAAAAUUCUAGCAGGCUUUCUGAAAAUUUGGGAAAGUUCCUAGAAUUCUAGGGAAAUGCACAGGAUCCAGAACACCAAAACAAUUCUGAAAAUAAACACCUCCUGAUUUCAAAAAUUACUAAAAAAUUACAGUAAUCAAGACAGGUGUGCUGCACCCCUAUGUUUAUUGCAGCAGUAUUUACAAUAGGUAAGAUGAAAACAACCUAAAUGCCCCAAAAUAGAUGACUGGAUCAAGAAAAUGUGUAUAUACACCUAGUGGAGUAUUACUCAGCAAUCAAAAAGAUAAACUCAUGCCAUUCUCAGCAACAUGAAUGGAGCUGGAAGGGAUUACACUCAGUAAAAUAAGACAGAAGGAAAAAGAAACAUAUCAGAUGGUUUCAUUUAUAGGAGGAAUAUAGGGGAACUAAAUAAGGGAUCAGGGAAAAAAAAAACAGGCCACUAUAAAUCAGAGACAUUCUGCAAGGAAGGGGUAGGGAGAGGGAUCAAAAACAGGGAGGGAAGAGCACAAGGGUCUAUGGUGAUGGUAAACUGGUGGUGGGAAUUUUAUGGGGACUACACCUGAGAGGAGAAAGCAUAUAUUGUGCAAAAAUAAAGAAUGCUGUAAAAUAUAUAUAUUAAAUAAAGACAGGUGUGGUAUUAAUAUAAAGAUCAAAUAAAAUUGAGCAUCAAUUCAUGUUUAUGGUCAGCUG